AUGGGCAAUGUUGAAAUUCCGAAUUGGCUCAAAGCCCUGCCAUUGGCACCUGUCUACAGGCCUACGGACACCGAAUUCGCAGAUCCCAUCGCGUACAUAUCGAAAAUCGAGAAGGAGGCAAGUGCCUUUGGGAUCUGCAAGAUCAUUCCUCCGUUACCAAAGCCAUCGAAAAAGUACGUUUUCCACAACUUGAACAAGUCUCUUCUGAAAUGCCCUGAGUUCGCUUCUGGUGUAGACGUUUCGAAACUUUGUCAAGAGGAUAGGGCUGUGUUCACCACUAGACAGCAAGAGUUAGGCCAGGCUAGGAAAAAAUCAAAAGGAGGAGAGAGCAGUAAGAGUGGUGUUAAGCAAGUGUGGCAAAGUGGAGGCGUGUAUACAUUGGAUCAGUUUGAAGCAAAUUCGAAGACUUUCUACAAAAGCCAGUUAGGGACGGUUAAAGAGGUGUCACCGGUUGUGGUUGAGGCAUUGUUCUGGAAAGCGGCUUCAGAGAAGCCAAUGUAUAUAGAGUAUGCAAAUGAUGUGCCUGGUUCGGCUUUUGGUGAGCCGGAGGGUCAUUUCAGGCAUUUCCGGCAGAGAAAGAGGAGAGGCAGGGGAUCUUACCAGAGGAAGAAUAGUCAUGAUGAUCAAUCAGGUAAGGACGGUGAAACCACAUCGCCUGAGGUAGAAAAGGCACCUCUUGCUUCGACAAGUUUAUCGUCUCAGGAUUCGUCAAAGCAGAAGAACAUGGAUGUUGUUGAUGAGAUGGAAGGUACUGCAGGCUGGAAGCUCUCCAACAGUUCGUGGAACCUUCAGAUGAUUGCACGUUCGCCUGGCUCUGUUACACGCUUCAUGCCGGAUGACAUCCCUGGUGUUACAUCUCCCAUGGUUUAUAUCGGUAUGUUGUUCAGCUGGUUUGCCUGGCACGUUGAGGACCAUGAGCUUCACAGCAUGAACUAUCUUCACACCGGCUCACCAAAAACUUGGUAUGCUGUCCCUUGUGACUAUGCGCUUGACUUUGAAGAGGUUAUCCGCGAAAGUUCUUAUGGCAGAAACAUUGAUCAACUGGCUGCUCUCACCCAACUGGGUGAAAAGACAACUCUUGUCUCACCUGAGAUGAUAGUUGCAUCUGGAAUUCCCUGCUGUAGGUUGGUACAGAAUCCUGGUGAAUUUGUUGUGACUUUUCCGAGGUCUUAUCAUGUAGGAUUCAGCCACGGUUUUAAUUGUGGGGAAGCCGCUAAUUUUGGUACUCCACAGUGGCUCAGCAUAGCAAAGGAAGCUGCUGUGCGUAGGGCAGCCAUGAAUUAUCUCCCCAUGCUGUCCCAUCAGCAGCUGUUGUAUCUCUUGACCAUGUCCUUUGUUUCAAGAGUGCCACGAUCAUUGCUACCAGGUGGUCGUAGCUCCCGACUGAGAGAACGACAGAGAGAAGGAAGAGAGUUCCUUGUGAAAAAAGCCUUUGUAGAAGAUAUAUUGAACGAAAACAAGAAGAUAUCUGUUCUUCUUCAAGAACCUGGCUUUCGUUUGGUGAUGUGGGACCCUGAUUUACUUCCACGUCAUAGUGCGCUGGCUCUUGCAACUGCCGAGGGCCCUGUUCCAUCUCCAGCAGUGGGCAAAACUGAACUUGAGGAUGGUCAUUCGGGAAUGCAGAAGAAAGAGAAGGGUACUCUUUUAGAAGAAUUGAGUUUGUACAUGGAGAAGCUGAAUGAUGUAUACUACGACGAUGAUGAUGGUCUACUCAGUGAUUUCCAAGUUGAUUCUGGAACGUUGGCAUGUGUGGCGUGUGGCGUUCUUGGCUUCCCCUUUAUGUGUGUGGUACAACCUUCUGAAAAAACUUUUAAAGAUCUCUCAGAGAGACAAGGGGAGAUAGAUGCUCAGGAAAUUACGACGCUGUCAUCAAAAAUUUCUGACUGUGAAUGGAACAUGUCCUCCAGAGAUAUAAGACCUCGCAUUUUCUGCCUCGAACACACUAUUGAACUUCAGAGACUGCUGCAGUCAAGAGGUGGAGUCAAAUUCCUUGUAAUUUGUCAUAAAGACUUUCAGAAAUUUAAGGCACAUGCGGCUAUAGUGGCAGAAGAGGUCAAAGUCCCUUUCAGCUAUGAUGAUGUCCCGUUAGAGAGUGCAUCUCAAGCAGAAUUGAGUCUAAUUGAUCUUGCAAUUGAAGAUGAAGAAAACAACGAACACGGCGUAGACUGGACAUCAAAACUUGGCAUCAAUUUACGGUACUGUGUGAAAGUGAGGAAAAAUCCCGCUACUAAGAAAAUUCAGCAUGCACUGUCAGUAGGUGGGUUGUUCUCCGACACGAGCCACAUGCUAGAUAUGUCAACUAUCAAAUGGCUGCAGAGAAAAUCACGCUCAAAAGCUAAACCCAGUUCUACCUCGAGUUUCACACCUCGUGAACAUCUUGAAGUAAAAGUAGACGGAAAACUAGGUGAGAAUUUGGAUUCUCAAUCUGGAAGAAAGGAAGAAAAGAUCAUCCAGUACACGAGAAAGAAAAAGUUGAAUCCCAAGCCCGCUGGAGAACAAGGUGAGGAACUAGCCAAUAGGUCACAUCUGGAUAGUGCAGUUCGUUCUGAGAUGAACAGUGAGAUUCGAGAUUCAGAGAGGGCCAUUGGCAGGGGCGGUGUAUCCUUUUCCAUAAAUCCUUGUGGCUCAUCUUUAACUAGGGCACACGGACAAGAGCAUCCUGAGACCCCUGACAGGUUUGGUUCAGCUUUAGAUGGGAAUAUCACAAAUAGUUCUAGUAUGGUGAAUGGAGAUUCUGCUGACCUAACUUCCUUAACCAGAGAGCACCAAGGACACUCUAUGACCAGCAAUAAUAAUGGCGUCAACGCAACCAUGUUUGCUCCUAAUCCUGAUGUGCCAAGAAAGUUGUCUGGUGAGUAUGUCUGCACUGAUGUGUCUGUACGUGAUGUUGAUGGAGCAGUUGAAAUGAGUGACCAAGAGCUCGAAGAACCAUCUACGAUCACUAGCGUCAAGGAAGAACAGCAAUCACACAUUGUGGAGGGAGAGGAAGCUAACAUUGCCAGUGAGAACAUAGUUGUUGACACGAUCGAUGAUGAUGAACCUCUGGCAAGUAGGGAUAUAUUAAGUUCAAGCAAUGGUGAUCAAGCUUCUUUAGAUGGCGUGCAAGCUCCAGAUAAUGAACUUAGCAUGGAGAGCGAAGUUUCAAGCUCAGAAAACACCGAGGUUACCAAGGCGCCCAAUUCUAAUAUUGGAGAAGGAAAGAAAAAGCGGAAAAUAGAAACAGAGUCUGAGACAAAUGAUAAUCCAGAGAGUAGCACUGGUUUUAUAAGGGGUCCUUGUGAAGGUUUGAGGUCAAGGGGUAGGAGGAAAGCGACAUGUGAACCAUCAUCCGAUCUCACUGAAACGAGCGGUGAAGUGAAGAAACCCGCUGCUAAAAGGCUCAAGACAACUCCAAAGACUCGAAAGGGGAGUCAUUAUCAAGAAGUCUCCACGAUAAGUCACCACAACCGUUGUUCCCUAGAGGGAUGCAAGAUGACUUUCGAGAGUAAAGCGGACUUGCAAGCUCACAAGAGAAACCGCUGCACGCACGAAGGAUGUGGUAAGAAACUCGGGGCUCACAAAUAUCUGGUGCUUCAUCAACGUGUUCAUAACGAUGAUAGACCAUUCGGGUGCUCUUGGAAAGGAUGUUCCAUGACAUUCAAAUGGCAAUGGGCGAGGACUGAGCAUUUGCGUCUUCACACAGGAGAACGACCAUACAAAUGCAAGGUCGAAGGAUGUGGAUUGUCGUUUAGGUUUGUGUCGGAUUAUAGCCGCCACAGACGGAAAACCGGGCACUAUGUCACAUAG